AUGCUUCGCCAUAGCAACAGACAGUCCGACCGCGGUAGACAGCGACUACUUCCACCCCCACCCUCAACAGAGGAAGUUGUUUACAGUGAAGGAGAAUUGAUUGCACUGCAAAUAGCUUCGUCCCCUCGUUCAAUACCCGUUGUAAAUCAACGGAAAGGAGGAGUUAAAACAACAGGAUGUGGGCUCGAGCGGUGGGAAUGAUAAAGCUCGUCUUUUUCUGAACCACGCCACCUGAUCCCAAAAGCCAUAUACGCUCGUGCCUCUUUUAAGUAGCCCUUAUUAAAAGGAACUGACCACUGCACUGACCAGGAUAGCUCCGUAAGUCUACAGCCUUUCAAACCAGUUUUGUAGGCGCCUUGUUAAGCUUUUGGAACGCGUCCGGUUGCUGAUAAUGAUCAAUCUAGAAGUUGGGGGAUCGUUUAUUUUUUAAAGCCGCAGUUGCCUGUCCUGGUCUCAACGUCUGGUAUUUUUUGCAACCAAGUAAACCGCCAGGACUACGCGGACGCUCGGGUCAAGGUGGGGCAGCAGCCUCUUCCGAACCAAAAUGUGGUUACUGAGGGUGAAUGGCGUCCAGUACAACCAGUACGCACUGCUAUGACGCAAUUCUAUGAUCCGUUCAAGAUUCACAGAUUAAAUGCACUAAUGAGGCCACUAGUUGCCUCAAGAGACAGCCCCAUUUAUAAUUUGACACGGUGGAUGUAAUCAAAACGUCUCCCUCAGUCCGAUCAGUUUGUCGAUGGCUUAUUGACCUUCGAGGUCGGAGAAAUCAGUCGGGUGACAUAAUUGUCUCUUUGGUGUGAACUCGGUAUUCCUAUCCGUCCCACCGAAUUCGCCUACGAAGACUUGGGACGAGACCCGGGACUACAUCAGCAUUAAGCAUUUCAUGAUGCUGUUUGAAUUUUACCGAAUAAACCCAUGCGGAAGACAGGAGGACUUCAAUUGCCUUCCAGAUCUUUGGGUUAGCGACAGAAGUAGUCCUACGGAAGCUAGAAAAGACUGCCUUCACCCAGUUGCAGCUGGUCUUUUGGCAUAGAUACGUUAGCGAUGCAUUUUUUUUCUCAAUAAAAACGAACAGGUGAGCUCCAGGAAGCAGCUCAGAAGAAGAUACGAUCGCUGAAACAAGAAGUUUAUUGGUCUGACGUUUCGUAUUCCCACUCAAGCCCAUUACCACAGACAUUCGCUGAUAAGGAUAGGGGGUGACACAAGGUGUGCAGUAUUUGUAGUACGUAGCCACCGUACGGACUGUUCUUAGCAGCUCUCGUAAUAAACCGGUUGAUGGUCGAAAUUGGUAAGAUAACGGCUUAUCAGUCCGAGUUGCAUAUGGACGCGAUUUCAUUAUUCCUGUUACAUGCUGGCGUAAUGGUGACUCGGCAGUUUGGCAUACUCGCACCCUCCCCACGUGUCUGAUGCUCCUGUUCAGGGAACGUCUCAGCACAGAACGAGAGGCUAAUGCGCUUUUCAGUGAAUUACUGGCCUGAAGAACAAUGACUCAAGCAGCUCGUGGCUAAAGCGGUUGUCACUUCUUACGAGGAUUUCGGCCUUCUGAAAAUCAAAAAUGUGGCCGGAUCACGUCGAAUGAGCUGCUGCCUGAGAACUAGCGUCUCCCCGUCUCACUGCAGCUGCAUGCUCAGCUAUUCGUGUCCAGAGUAAUCUCUCAGUUUCACCGACGUAGUUGUUUUGUCCGCAAUUGCAGCAGACCCGGUAAAUGACCCCUGACGUUUCCUGCCGCGACAGUGGGUCCUCUAGUUUUAUGACCUGGCGCCUGACUGGAGUAGAGGAGGGCUCUGCUGGAUGGCGCGGACGAACCCGCACAUCGGUGCCCCACUUCACACACUUUGGUCCACAAGGAACAUCUGACCAGAAUGUUGACCAACAACAACAAGAACAAUAUAAAGUACGUGCAGCCAUGCACACGACCAGUAUACCUAGGGGGAGUGUAAACGCAUUUACUCGCAGGGAACCGGGUACCACAGAAUUGCCAACGCAUACCAGACUGGGAGGGCCAGAAUGUGCUGAUAAUGAUAAAGCAAAGGCCCACAAACUCAGCAGAGGGAUGUUUUCUCAACGUCAGCCCCCGUCCUGUUGUGGAGGGUACCACGGUGAUCACAAACCAUGCGUCACAGUCUGCCAAGGACUAGACCGGCUUUAGAGGUAUGACUUGUAACUUUGUCCUUCAUCUUUAGGUUUCAUCAGACAGUACUUGCCAAGUGGGUCAAAUUGUCCACAGAUAUGAACCAUAAACGGCAUCUUCUGUUUGCUAAAAAGCAGUCCAGCGUACAGAAGGUGAGCUAACUCAUGAAAUGUCAAUCAAAAUUCCGAAAUGCGUUUUCGUUUCGAAAAGAUUAAUUAGGUAGGGUUGUAAAACCAGUCAGCUUGAAACAUAAUUCUAUAAUAUGUCAGUUACCUCAGUAUGCCGGCUUUAGAAUGAACUUCCUACCGGCUGCAAGCAGAAACAACACUGUAAAAACGACUACUUGAGUAGCAUGAAUUUUUCCCAUUGAUUUCCGAUGGCCCUAAAAGUCCAAUUAUAUUUUAUGGAUAGCAUUAAUACAAAUAUUCAUUUCUUUGCUUAUUCGGUAGCAAAUUACCUCUUCUUCCAAUUUUUACUCCAAGGAGGGACAUAAUUCGGUUUUAAGGACGUUCCUAAUUGUGGGACUCUUAAAUACCGUGAAAUGGCCGUUCAUAAAUCGUUCGUUUGAAAGACCGCAUCCUGAGGUAACUGAAAUAUGAUAGAAUUAUGUUGCAGGCUGCCUAGUUUUACAACCCAACUGAAUAAAUCUUUUCGAAACGAUGAAGCAUUUCGGAAUUUUGGUUGCCAUGUCAUGAGAUAGCCCACGUACUGUAUUUUGCAGUCUUUUUGCACGAAAGACCAGUGAUUCUGCAGCGUUUUGUCCAUCGGCCAGUACGUGGAGUUAAUUGUGGUGCUCUUUGUUUACGUCUACACUCCCGACACACAUGUUGACUCACUCUGCGAACUGUACUGAUUUGGUCUGUGCACGGUCAACAAAAAGGUGACUCAUUGGCUGGCGGAGGGCUUACUGUCGUCAGCUGUUUUAAUUCUCACGUGGUUUACUUCCGUGGCCCUGGCGAAAAAGACCGGGUCGGCAUCGGCAGUGUUGAAGUAGACUCCCUCCGGCUUAUAACACAUGGAUUAGCAGGGUGAGUAAACCUCUGUUGUCCUCCUCCCCCGCCCCCCCCCCCAGGUUUCUGAAGCGUAUCUCCCCUCAGAAACGAAAGAUUUGCAAUAUCUGAAUAAACCCAAACAUACAGUAGAUGCGCUAAAUUUGCCGUGUUAACCGAAGUCUGAAGUGUGUUCUUGAAUCGAAAAGAUUACUUAAGUAGGAUUAUAAGAUUUAUCGCCGUGCAACACAACCCGAAGACGAUAUAAUUUUUUCAAGAUGUCAGCUUAUGAAUGCACUCCUUUCCGGCAGCCUACAAAAACUAAACUCUGCAAACAGAAAACUACAUAAGUCGCAUGAAUUUGUCUAACUGACUUCCGAUACUCCUGUAAAUUCAAAUAUACUUCGUAGAAAACGUACACCAAAAUAUUCAAUCUUUUACUCAUUCGGCACACAAUCAAGUCUUUUUCACAUUUUAUGCUUGUAAGGAAUUUAUAGUGCGGUUCUAAAAAAACCAUUCCGAUUCCGAAUAAUUUUCGACGAGACCUGUUGUUUCACUUGCAUUUAGGGUUUACAAAUUACAAGCUGCAUAUUUUCCGCGUGCAAAAAAUCAUACAUUUAUAUAUAUAUUACUGAGAGGAAGCCAUAUGAGAUUCAUAAAAUUUAGCAGUUGAUUUGAGACAUAUUGUUAACUUUACUGGUAGUACUGGUAAACGCAGAGACACGCUGUCUCAUGAGCGGGCAUUUACUGGUCUUAAAAAUCUCAUAAUCAGAAAUUUUUCAAAACCGUGUUGUGCCGUUCCUUCAAGUACAAAAUUUGAAGAAGACGUAGUUUCCCACCAGACAGUAAAAUAAUGAAUAUUUUAGGCGCGUUUUCCAUUGAAUAUAUUCGAAUUUAUGACGGCAUCGAAAGUCAAUGCGAAAAAUCUAUGCCACUUAAGUAGUCAUUUUUUACACUCUUGUUUUUUGCAAGAGGCCGAAAAAGAGUUCGUUCUAAAGCUUAUCUCUUGUGGUAACUAAAUCAUUUUGGGAUUAUGCUGCAUGAUUAUUAAUCCUGCAACUCUACCUAAGUCAUUUCAUCGAUUCGAAAACGCGUUUUAGAAUUCCGCUCAACGUUCCAUGAGUAAGCCCAUCUACUGUACGCGUUCCCUAAAAAUUGCUUAUGCGCCACUUCCCUGUUAGUCGUUAGAAAAUUUCACUGUCUGCCUUCUUAGACGAAUACUUGGGUCAUCCACAAUGACUGCUUUUAAAAACCGGCUGCUGACGUAACUUUUCAUGACUGGUAUCACUUCUUGUGUGAGGCUGUAAAAUAUGACGAAAUCGUGCAAUCUCUAGAGUAACUGUUUGUUUCUCUAUGACCGACCUCAGCAAGGGUUGACCUAGUGACAGAAAGGCAACCCGCUGGUACAGUCUGGCAAUUUGUGCAAUGGGCGUCCAUCAAAGAUUCACGGGUCAUUCAGUUGCGUCAUUUAUAAGUUUCUGGACUCGACAUAAAUAUGGUCAUGGAACUUGGGUUAAGGUCAGGUUUACGACUAAGAUUUUAAUUGUGAUUAAGGGUAAGCGUAUGGCUAGAACAAGUUUUAAUGCAAGAGUUUAAGUAAUGGUUAGGUUUAAACCAUAACUCACCCUUUACGCUCCCUCUCAGUUCUUCAUUAAGCAUAUAAAAACUGCCAGCUUUGGCAAAGCGAUUAUCUCCAAUACGAGUGAUCAUUGUUUAGAACACUUUCGAAGCUUGCUGGCACAUACGUUAUCCACACAGGAAAACCAGGAAGUUGUAACGAUUGACAAAAUGCAAAUGACGUUCUCUUUAUGUUGAACAUUACUGUGACGGAGGUUAAUAUGACCUAAGGGACCUGUACGGGAAACUAAUUUAUGUUGCGUGAGGAAAAGCAAUACACCAAUGCUGGCCAUAAAAAACCUACAGUCAGUACAUUAUUACGGCCCUCGCCCAGUCAUGGAAGUCAAUCAACAUAAAAAGCACCGUACUCAUUAUUUUCGCCCUCAGACAACUAUCUGUAACUGCCGUCUACGAAGCAUGCGCCCAGCCUCAAAAUGCAUAGGGAGUCACUUGUUCCUUUGAAACUGCCUGCAAGCGUUGGGCCUUAAAAAAACAAAUAAAUCGAUUUAUUGUUCUGUAGCACAUACAAGGAUUGGCGGGCGUCCAUAACCCUAACCCCAAAAUCUGGAAUUUAGCACAAGGCCAACUGGGGGGGAGGGGUUCUGUAUUCCCGCAUUCUACAACUAGGUCCUCCUUGACCUCUCAUUUGCGAAAGCUCUAAACGUACACCAACGUAUUUUGACAUCCUUAGUAUUAAAGUUAUCGGAAUUUGAGCCCAGACCCUUUUGAGGAGGUGCAACUUCCGUCACCCAGUGACCCAACUGCAGUAUUUGUAGCUGCCAUUGGGCCACAUGCGUGCUAUAAUUAACAGCUCUUGCGAUCACCGACGCAGUUCAUCCAGGAGAUUAGUCCACCAAUAGGCGCAAUGACCUCCCGCCACUAUAUUCGGUGUUGAGCCAUUGCCUGAGCGGGCUAGCCAGUCACGUGGGGACGCAAGCGGACAACAAUCCCGGGAAUAGCGGGCAAGACUACCGCGUAAUCGUCAUGCCAAAGUCCAACACAGAUGCUAAAAAUUGGGGCAAUUAACGACCAGGACGCAGACUGACGAGCUAUCAUUGCUUCUGAUACGACCCCCAGCGGUGAUUUCAACAGCUGUUAACUAUAGUACCAAUGUGACCCAUGCCAGCUGCAUACUAUAAAUACUGCAAUCCCUGUGUCUUCGCUGCCUUUAUCUGCUAUCUUCCUCGAUAAUGGGUUUGAGUCGGAAUCCGAAACUCAAGACCUAUAAAACUUUUUGUUCCAGUGAUUGAAUCAUCAUCUUUUGAACUGCCGCCUGGCUUCAAUCAGUAACCUAUCUCACGAAGGGUGUCGAAAUUCACGAAUUAUUGCUAAUCACUCGCAAAUAAGUAAUAAAUUUACUGGAAUUGAAAGUUAAAAAAAUACUAAAGGUAAUGUUACAUUGUUUAAAAAUACCAGUUUUUUCAAGAGUGGAAAAUCCUGAAAACGCCAAGAAUGAUUACAAUUUAGUAGACUUCAUUUUUAGGUAUGCACAAUGUCUGUCCUUGCAAAACACUGAAUAAAUAUGAAAGCUCAAUUAGAACACUACUUAAAAGGAGUGCUUUUAAUGAUGUUUACACAAAAAUAUCCUAUGAGAAUUAGUGCAAUUUUAGGUAUGGUGGUUUGCUAAUAACCUUCCACUUGAGUAUAGAUUCCGAAAUGGUUUCCCAAGGAUUCGUGGUACUCUCUACGCUCCGGAAUUGAUUUAGAUGCAGUUCAAUAAGGCAAAUAAAAUUUUGGUUGAUCUUUUUGAUAGGGACGCCAUAUAAAUAAGUAUUUUCAUGUCACAUUUUGUCACAUGCUCCGUUCCAGGAUUAUCAAUCCACUGCGGAGUUGCCAUAUAAAUACUGAUAUUUUGCCGAAAGUGCGAAUGCUUUGCUCGUUCCAUUACUUAAUUACGUAUUAUGACAGUGGACGCUCACCGAUCGGGUAGGUUAAGGAACACGCACGUUCCGUUGUGCCUUUGGGGCUUAUCCUAGAGCCUUCGCAGGCAGUCGCACAGCGACAAGUAGAAGACAUUGAUCCCGGGUUCGAAUCUCAAUUGAUCCACACUUGGGGUUGGGUAUGAUUGGCUGAUGACGGCUAACAAGCCAGAAAUGGCCAUUCCGGUCUCCCUUGUCUUUGUCGGUACCAUCUCAUCAAUGUCUACUACUAGUCGCUGUGCGACUGCCUGCGAGGGUUCUAGUAUGAGCCCCAAAGGCACAACGGAACGAGCAUGUUCCGUAACCUACCUGAUCGGUGAGCGCCCACUGUCAUAAUUCAUAUUCCCGAUCACAACCGACAGGACAACGGGCCCGUGGCUCAAUGGUAGAGUGUCAAACUCCAUGACCAAAGAUCCCGGGUUCGAAUCUCAAGUGAUCCACACUUGGGGUUGGGUAUGACUGGCCGAUGACGGCAAAUAAGCCAGAAAUGGCCAUUCCGGUCUCCCUUGUCUUUGUCGGCUCCAUCUCAUCAAUGGAUUACGUAUGCGCAGAAGAUAGACCACACAAAAGGCAAUGUUCUAUAUGUUCGAAACUAAAACAUACUAUUCGGUGGUGGUAGUCAUUUCCGUGACGAAAUGGAAUUUUUUUAAACCGCAAAACAAUGUCAGCCCAGUUAAACGAAUGAUUCUUAGUGUGCGUUAUUACUACAUUUCAGGGCGCUAAAUCACGCAUAUUUGCUAAUGUGACUCCUAUAAAAACGAUAAAAGAUCUAGUUUCCUUAAAAUAACCUUUGAUUUCGAAGCUUAUGUCCGCAGUCAGCAUCGAACAACAAAUCGAUUAUCAAAUGCGGCAAACUCUGUUGAGGAAAAUGUUCAAAAGUAAAUUGCUGUCCUUUUAAGGAAAAACACUCUCAGAUGCGCAACCGAAGUCUGAGAUAUGUGUCAGUAUAGAAAAUUGCCCAAAUAUAUCGCAAAAUCUGUUUUCGCCUAAAGAAAUGAACACUUUUGCUCCAUAAAAUUAUGUGAAUAUAUUUUUUGCACAAGAAAAGGGCAGUUCCUUAGAACGGCUACAAAAGCAAGCAAAAUGUGCAAAGUUUUAGACCUCUGAAAAUUCUCAUAUCAGUUUCUGACAUCGGGUUAUGAGAAAACAAAUUACGUACUGUAUGUCCUGCAUAAAUUUACAAGCUAAUACUUUAAAUUGCUCAAAUGUCGGAAAAUAUCGAACUACUUGGCACUAGCGGAAUUGUCAUUUCUUGGUAGAGGCGAUCUCACGAUUCGUGCUACGAAACGCACUCGUCCCGUUGUACGUAGAAGACUUGGGUGGCCACAUCUAGCUUAUUAGCCGUCGUCAGCUAGCCAAACUCAACCUCUAGCUGUCCAACCCCUGGGGCUCGAUCACGUGACCUAUUGGUUAGAAGUUCAACUCCUCUAACCGAUGAGUCACGGGCUCGUUCCUCUAUCGGUUACAAUCGGAUAUCUACUGUUCGUGACCCAAGAGGUAUAAGGAGACGAACUCCGCAGAAAAAACCUCAUAGAUCUUGGCCCGCAUCCUCAAACGUUAUAAAAUGGUUAGUUAGCGAUCUGCAUUUUAAAAAAGACACUAUUCGACUUUUCAAAAUAUUAUCUAUUAACAAUGAAUUAAGCUACCAAAACAAAAAUCAUUGACUCGGAAAAAUAAUUUUAUGGGAGGUCAAUUACUCAAGGUCUAGCAUAAUUUGCAAUAUAGAAGUAACAUAUAAUGUAAUCAAACAAUGAAAAUCAGUAAAAAAACGUCAGUAAGUUGUUGAAUGUCCUUUGGUUUUUAUCACAUCAGUAGCUCGGAAGGGCAUAGUUACAGUAAGGUCGUUGUUGGUGUUUUGGUCAAUAUAAAAUUUAAAGCACAAAACCCAACCUUUGUUGCGUGGAAUGUUGCUUUUAAUAAUUAUCUCAUCUUCUCACCAGGCAAAGCCAAUUAUAGUUUGGACUACGGUUUGGGCUGACUUUGACCUAUCGUUGUAGUCUUAUUCGGACUCACAUUUCCUUUGGGCAGUGGGCAGAGGUAUUAUCAUGCAGCACUGUGGUGCCCAUUCGACGUUGGUGAAUGCCGUUGUAGCCGAAUGCAUCCUUUACGACGCCAACUUACCCUAGGCUGUUAAUGGCCUCCGUUGUUGACUGCCAAAUCGGGCACCCUCCGAACCAUCGGAUGUCGGUAUUUCUUUAAUGUUCGCGUCGAUCGUGUGUGUUCUCCUGGGAAGUGCUUUCCACCCAUGAACACCUGAGUCGAUUAAGUAAGCUUGAUUUAAGACGAAACUUCAUCACUGAAGUAAAUUCCUUUUAGAAUGAUAGUCUGUUAUUGAUAUAUUCGUGAGCAAAGAAACAACAUUCUUUAAUUGGUUUUCUAAUUAAAUCUGGCUUUGUAAUAUCAUUUUGCUUGUGGAUUCCGGAUUUUUUUACGUUGAUUCUGAUUGGCUCAUAGAAAACAUUGGCAGAUGUUUCCUUGCGAAUAGUCUUAAGAAGCACAAAUUGAUACUUUUUUAGUAUUCCACGAACAAAAUCGUCAUCAUGCUUACUCGUGGGCCGUUUCGGCUCAUAGUGUUUAACGCUAGACACUGUCCUAUUACUAAUAAUUUUCCACAGAAUGGCCCGGCUAACAUUGAAAAUACUAACUACAGACUUGUGCAGCACCCCUUCGCUGACAGUUUUCGUAUGCGCUUGAAAUAAACUUCCGAUGGCAAAUGCUUUCAUGUUGCACGGCGGGGCACAGGAAGGUGGUAGCAUGAAACGCGCAACCUAUGUGUACUUGUUUGUGUCCACUUAUUUCCGGUGGGACAAAACAAAUACUGCACCAUAAGCUAAUUACCACGUUUAACGACAGGAAACGUAACAAUUUUGCUAAACUGAAUGCGUCAAGAGCAAAAUGCUGCUGGCUUCAUGAAAAGAGUGCGUUUUUACAUGUCUGCCUGUAUCUGGACUUCAUGAAUUUAAAGUCACAAUUUGCUUUCCGAAAACGAAUUUCUUUGAAAAUGUGCUGGGUUUUAUAAAUCUUCUUUUAUAGCGUAACGCGCGCAAAUAAUAGAUUUUAAUCAAUGACAGCUAAUAGUCUGGGAAAUUACGUGGAUACCCGGAAGCCACCAAUCUCGCCUAAUCUUGGCCUGUUUCCCGCAAUAAAACGGAUCUAACAUGAGUUCAACUCAAGAAAUUGACCUUAUGUGAUUGCACACUAAACGACUGUUUAUAGGAAAGCUACGAACACCACACAGCUUCUCAGUUUUCACACCAAUCAUCCGGUGGCUCAAAAACGAAGCUGUGUGAAGACGCUCUUCAAACGGAUCCAAAGUCAUUGCAGCAAACCGGAGGACAGAGCACGUGAGGCCCGUUAUCUCCGCGAACAGUUUGUGCAAAAUGGCUAUGAGUGUAUUCAUAAGUCGCUGCCUACGCGGUCGCCACCAGAGAUAUCGAACAUCAACGCCACCGACGAUAUGCCAUCCUCUGUCAUACAUCAAGGGUGUUUCAGAAGCGACCGAGCGCAUUGCUGCGGAACUAGGCGUUGGAAUUGCACACCGCCCCAAAGCCACCAUGCGCAGCAGGGUCAUGAAAAUCAAAGACCGGUUAAAACCUGAAGAGCAAUCAAGAGUAGUGUAUCGCAUUCCGUGUCAAAAUAGUCCUUGUAACUACACAGGACAGAGUGGACGCAUGCUCUGAUCGCGCAUACACGAACAUAAGCUGGUUGUACGGCGAGGCGACGCAUUAUCACAAGUGGCCGUCCACACCUACGAAAUGGGUCACGAGUUUGACUUCCCAGCCACCAAAAUAGUCGCCCACGCCGGAAACUAGACAGGCCGAGAAUUGAUUGAAGCCUGGGCUUCGGAUGAGAACUCGGUCCAUCAAUUUAUCGAUUUGGCGCCGGCGUGCAGAGCCCUUCGUAGUCACCUCCAGUCGUACGACGUCGGUCGAUGAUUGGGCCUACGUGCCUUAUAACUGUCGCUUAUCCUGUUUCUGCCACUACCUCUGACGAUGGACUCCUGUACGAGUCUGAAAGCUCAGGAUAAUAAACGAAGUGUUUCGGUGCUCGACUCUUCUUCUUCACUUACACUAAAUGUAUGUCGUUCCACCAACCCCAAUAUCGAUCUCAAUUCUUCAUGAGUUAAGUUAGCUGCUGUAAAAUAGUGGAGGAAUCCUCACCGAUCGCGCAAAGGGAUUCACUCGUCCCGUCGUACCGAAGGGCUGUCUCUCGAGUCCUGUCAUCAGUCGCAUAUCGACCAGUCAUAUAGACAGAAUGGCAUUACCCACAAAGAAAAGGGAAACUAGGAUAGCCAUUUUUGGCUUUUGAACCGUAGGCACAACGAGAAGACGGUGAGCGCAUGCAAUCGAGCGAAACUAACAGGGCAGAAAGACGUGGCUCAGUAGUUAGGGGUUUUGGACUUCUAACCCACGGGUCGCUAGAUCGGUCACCAGGUGUUAUACACCUCAAGGUCGGGUAUGGCUUACUGACGACGGCUCAUUGGCCAAAAAUGGCUACUCCUGUCGUCCUUUUUGGGCCUUAAUGGUAUUCUGUCCUUUCUUACAAGGUUAUUAUCAAAUAAAAUCGAAAAGGCUCGCCACUGGAGGAUAGUGUGCUCUAGCGUUCGCGGUGAAUUGCUACAAUGUUACGCGCUAGUUAAUAUUUUGGCAGUUUUGUGGUGAGGUACCGGACUAUCUUACCUUUGAAAAUUUAGUCCCGUUUUCAUUGCCCGGAUUGUCUGUUUGAAUGUGGUGAAAAACAACACAUCUGUACAACCCGCCUUGCUGGCCUGUUUUGCUGUCGCGCUCUGUUGCCAGGUUAGUCAACGUUCAGAAUCUCUAUUAUAUACACUAUUCAGUCUUAUCUGCUGCCUUAAAUGCUAGGGGCUCGUGAGAUAUAACUCUUAAGUUCGUGAAAACAUUGUCAUUUACGUCAUUGGUGACUCCCGACGUUAACGCAGACUUUAUACCUUUCUAUUUCAUACUGAAUAAUAUUUAACGUUCUAUUUGUUUCUGAAUUUCUAUUCCAUUUACCUCUACUUUUCUCAUGGAUUCUGAUAUUUUACCAUUUCUGUCUUAAGUAUUAUGUCUCAUUUCAACCAACAACUUGAUGCCCCGCCAAGUCCCUUCAUGCCAUCAAUUUUAACUUGCCUGAAUUCUGGCAACACUUUCCACAACUCUACUCCAUCCGCAUCGAAUCAGCCUUUUAUUCUGCUAACGUUACCAAGGCGUUGGCAAAACACCAUAAUCUUGCGGAGGUUCCCCCAGCUAGUGUUAUCUAUCAUUUUCAGUCCUUGCUAUCUAGUCCUCCUGCAGAUGCUCCCUAUUCCACAUUAAAGGCAGGAAUUUAUCGACCCAUUUCAGGGUCUACUAAGUAAAAACUUUUCAACAGCUCUUCUGGACUUUUGACGUCUCCUGUAUUUUGGCCACCUGUUAACCAUCCGUCUCUGUUCAUUCAGCGCCUCUACUGCCAGUCCAAAGGAGCUUGGUCGCGAAACAAAUUCAGUAUGACAGCGUACCUUUUCACCUCAUCACAUAGCUUCAUUUGUAUGUCAAAUUUACACCUAUGGGGCUGUUGGGCGGCAGUGCCAUGGAAAGGUGGCUGAUUUCUUCCAAAACAUUUCUUCUUUAAAUAAGCAGUCUGCAGAAUUCUGGUUUUGUGUGAUUACUUUGGAUGAAGCGAUAGUGCGAAUCUGUCCGCUAUGAACAGUCGGAGGGGGUGUCCUGAGUUACUGUCAACUCCUACAUUUAAAGUCCACAAACCUCAAGGGACCACCGAAUCUUUCCUUUUCAUUUCAAUUUGAUGUCAAUCUUUGAAAAAUCGUCUGCGCUAAGUGGUCAGAUAGGGUUAUAUUGUGAUUUAAUUUCUUCCACAUUUGCCUGGCUUCUGGAAGUUUUUCAUAAAACAUUCGGAGGCCUGCGGAAAUAAAUUUUCACCAAAAUGGCUUUCUUGGUUUUUGUCCCUUUUUUCCGCAUAAAUUUCUCAUUAUCGUUUCCCAGGUAUUGAGAAUAAAGGAAAAUAUAUUACCCCCGGGUCACGAUCAGUACCUUGGCCGACCACGUUAACGGCUAAAAGCAUGGUACAGUUAGUUGGUUAAAUUUUGAAAUCGCUACAGAAAUUUUGAAUUGCGUUUUCGUUUCAAAGAAGAUUAUUUUAUUAGGGCUGUAAGACCAAUCAUCUUGCAACAUAAUUCUAUAAUGAUCCAGUUACCGCAGGGUGCUUCCUUUCGAACGAACGCAUUUCCUGCUGCAUGCAAGAUCCAUACUCUCCAAAAAGUGACUGCUUAAGUAGCAUGCAUUGUUCAGCGUUUUUUGAUGUCCAUAAAGAUUCAAUUAUAUUUCCUGGAAAAUAUGCACAAAAAUAUUCAUUUUUUGCUCAGUCAGUAGAAAAUUACUUCUUCGUUCAAUUUUACACUCGUAGAAAGGGUGUGAUUUGGCUUUUUAAAACUUUUCCAAUUCCCGAAUAAUUUUUAACCCGACCUGCUGUCACACUUGCACUCAGGGUUCCCAAAUACAAGUCGUAUAAUUUCAGCGUACGGAAAACCAUACAUUUCUCUACAAUACUAAAGAUAGACCAUAUAGGGUUCAUAAAAUUAAGCAGUGGAUUUGAGCCACAUUGUUAAUUUUACAAGCCACAUUGGUACAUGUAGAUGCAUGCGUUUUGUGAAAGGCCAUUUCACGGUAUUAAAAGAUCUCAAAAUUAGAAACUUUUCUAAAACCGACUUAUACCCUUACGUUGAGUAUAAAAUUGAAAGGAGACGGUGUUUUCUACUGAAUGAACAAACGAAUAAAUAUUUUAUGCAUGUUUUCCAUGAAAUAUAAUUGAAUCUUUUAGGUCAUCGAAAAUGAAUGCAAAAAAUGCAUGUUACUUAGCUAGUCAUUUUUUAAGAAAAUUAGUUUUAGGUGCAGCCGAAAAUAAGUUUGUUCAAUAGCCGGCACUCUGUGGUAACUGAAUUACUGUGAAAUUAUGCUGCAUAAUGCUUGGUUUUACAACCCUAUUUAGCUAAUAUCAUCGAAACACAAACGCAUUUCCGACUUUCUGUUGACAUUUCAUGAAUUAACCCACCUACUGUACCUAUGACUUGGUUAUAUAUUUGCGUCCAGAAACCGAAUGUGCUUUGUAAACCAGUUCAUCGGAGCGCUGUCCAUUGACGUGGUUGGCGAUUCCGACCAAUCAAUAUUCUUUCGCAAACGUCCACUCUUCAUUAUUCGCUUGCAGAUAUCGUGGUCUAUUUCGCCGUCCCCAGGACGCCUCCUUGA